AGAUCAGCUGUCAGCGUACCACGCAUGCGCACUCUGAAGAAGACGAGCACCGGCGACGAGCCGCGAGACUAAAGAUGUCCGAACCAUUAUCAACGAAUUCCAACCCGGAGAGCGGCAGCGAGCUAAACGUUGUCCUGCACCCCAUCGCAACAUCAGACUUUCAGACGAAACAUGUUGAGAAGGUUUGUGAGAUCUCCAAAGUGGAUGGAGCAGUUAAAGAGCAGCCUCACACUGACUCUGAGCAACGAGAGAAGAUCCGUGCAGUUCCGAUCCACCGGCGUCCGGACCUGCUGGUUCCCUGCGCAGACCUGAUCAACUCUGAGUGGCAGAGGAGUCAGGCCGCCCGGGUUCACUCCCUCAAGAAGUCCGGUCCAGAGUUCCCCGUCUGCCUCAUUCUCCUGCAGGGCCACAGAGGGACAGAGCGUUUGCUUGGCCACGCCCGGCUCUCCCGGGUCGUAGGUCAUGGCAGCAGCCUGUUUGUAGAGUCGGUGGUGGUGUCCAAGGCAGAGCGAGGUAAAGGCUAUGGCCGGACUCUGAUGGAGGAGACUGAGCGCUACGCCAGAAGCAGAGGGUUCAAGCGCCUUUGCCUGACAACCCAUGAUAAGCAGCACUUCUACGCCCACCUUGGCUACGUGCUGUCGACGCCGGUGCAGAACGCAGGCGCCAUGACGACGUUUGUUCCCAUGGAUAUGCUGUUGAAGUUCUCGAGAAUGCCAAGUGAAGAGGCGAACACACAGAAACAAACACAGACAAAGAUGGCUGCUCAAGUACCACAAGGAGGUGCUGGUUUUGUAGGGUCACCUCCACCUUCUAGUUUACCUCCUCCUCCGCCUCCACCUCCUCCUUCAAUCCCUCCGCCACCACCACCUCCCUCCAUCCCUCCUCCUCCGCCACCACCACCUCCCUCCAUCCCUCCACCUCCCCCCCCACCACCUUCCUCCAUCCCUCCUGCUGCUCCUCUUCCUCCUCCUCAGUCUGCAGAGCAGAUUGUAGUUCAGACUCUGACUGAAACGCCCUACAGAGACGCCAGAGGACUUUCCAUCUAUUGGAUGCACAAAGACAUUUGACGAACACACAAUCAAAUACACUUGGGAGCUCAUUCGCCCACAUUACUGCACACGUACAUGUUCAUACGUGCACACAUCAAAUGACAGAAACACACACCAUCAGUGGUUUCUCAGACACACAGAAAAGAAGCGAUGGAGGAAGAACAGAGUGUGGAAAACUUGACAAACAGAAAUGUUUCAGUAAACCAAAGACAUGCAGAAAAAAUACCUGUCAACGCCUGUAUCCUGGGCCUGAAACUCAAAGCCAAAAACAAUCACGACACAAAUACAGAAGCAAACACACAUUUUUAAAAAAGCACCAGGAACAAAUGUUUUUAAUUUUCAUCAUACUUGUGGGACAUUUUUUAACUGAAGUGGAUGAAGUAGUUGGUUGGCGGCCAUUUGGAUACACUCAACCUUUGUUUUCACUUCCAGAUAACUGGUUUAACCUUUUCACCACAAAUGACACAAAACUGCACAUUAAUCUGAGUUGAUUAUGUUUGCUGUGGACACACUGUGUCUCUGUAUAUCUGCAGUGAAGCAGUGUGUCACAUAUAAACUGCCAACACUAUGAAAAUAAGAACCAGGUUCUAAAAUGUGUGGAAUAUUUCUUACAUACUUGUAUGUAUGUACAUAAAUUGUGGGUUUUUAAAUUCCUCCUCAAUUAAAAAACAUGCUCUGUUUAUUGUUACUUAACUUGGAUGUUUGAACUUUACUCUUCAGAAUCAUGUAUGUGCAGAGUUUGACUCUAGAAAACUGUUUUCAUAUUCAUCUGUUGACUGGGGAAAGUUUGUCUGUGUUCACCUUAAAUCUCAGUUUGAGAUGCUCAUAUAUGAAAUGAUUUUGUGACAUCACAUUUAGUUUGGAAACAAAUUCUGGUCCAAGUGUGAUAUUGAAACUUGAAGCCUCCAGGACACAUACACUGAGAAGUGACUUCUCUGUGAAAUAGGACACAUCUUAUGUCCGGUAGUAACACCUUUGAAAUAAAAACAAUUUGCAUAUUCAUAGAGUCUUGAUAUUUCAGUAAGGGGAACAGAGGAUACAAUUUUAAGAUGUGAUUUUUAACUACUUAACUGAACUCUUUUGUCUGGAGGGAAUCUUUUUAAAGAGGUGAGAUUGUGACAAGGAUGGUGUUUGUUUGAACGUAUAGGUCAACUAUGGAAGCUUAGAAAUACUUUGGCUCAUCCAAACAACCCAACCAAUUACAUCACUGUUGUCCUUAGGGCAGCUCUGCUCCUGAGAAACAUGCCGGAAAUCAAGUGUAAAUCUGCUGCUAUGAAAUUAUGUGACAGUUAAAGUUGAAUUUGAGGUUUGUGCCUUGUUGAACUGCCAGAGAACUGAUGCCUUAUUAACGUUUUGAAGACUUGAUUAUUUUGAUGAAACUGAUGCGUCUUUUAAAAACUCUUUUCAAUUGUGAAAAAUUCUGGAAAUAAAUUGAAUUUAUCAACAGAUUCUUUUGUCUUUAUUUUUUCCAUGUUAUUAUAUGUCAGAGUUGUCAGCUGAUACCCAUUAAGAAGUCUAUCUCAAUGCAGAAGAGUUCCUCAUCAAUAAAUUUCUCUCCU